UACUUAUGGAUAGAUAUGUUCUAUUGUUUUAUUCUAGGGAACCACAGAAGGUUCAACCCUAGUGCAUCUUCUACAUACAAAAAUGAAGGGCAAAGCUGUACCCUAUAUUAUGGGAGUGGUGACUUGACUGUUAGGAUGGGAUAUGAUACUGUGCGGGUUCAGAAUAUUGUCGUUAAGAACCAGGAGUUUGGCUUGAGUGAGGAUGAACCCUAUGAUCCAUUCUAUUAUGCCUAUUUUGAUGGAAUUUUGGGAAUGGCUUAUCCCCCUCUAGCUUUUUGGGGAUCACAAACUAUCAUGCAGCAGAUGGUGAAUCAAGGACAGCUUUCUGAACCCAUUUUCAGCUUCUAUUUCUCACGCGAACCCACCUAUCAGUAUGGAGGGGAAUUGAUCUUAGGAGGGGUACUGGAUCGGCUCUUCAUUGGAGAAAUUUCCUGGGCACCUGUCACUGAACAGAUGUACUGGCAGAUUGCUAUUGAUGAGUAUGUGAUAUUUAUAGUUCCAUUUGAUCUAUAGCUGUUUUUUUUUUUU